UCCGAAGGAAGACAUCUUUCUUUCUUCCUUUCUUCUUCUUCUUCUUCUUCUUCUUCUUCUUUGACAGCUAGGGCCAUGGUCAUGGAGAAAAGACAGAUCUUUGUUUCCAUGGUCUUUGUUUUGCUUGUUGGGCUGGUUGGUGCAAAUGAAGAAGAAGAAGCCGACAGGAUAUUGCAACUUCCUGGGCAGCCUCAGGUCUCUUUCCAGCAGUUCUCAGGCUAUGUCACUGUUAAUCAAGUUGUUGGCAGAUCCCUCUUUUACUGGCUUACUGAGGCUGUCCAUAAUCCCCUAUCCAAGCCCUUGGUUGUGUGGCUUAAUGGAGGCCCUGGUUGCUCCUCUGUGGCAUAUGGUGCGUCUGAAGAAAUAGGGCCAUUUAGAAUAAACAGGACAGCCUCGGGGCUGCACCUCAACAAGUUCUCAUGGAACACUGUGGCCAACCUCCUGUUCUUGGAAACUCCGGCAGGCGUGGGCUUCUCUUACAGCAACCGGUCGUCGGAUCUCUUCGACACUGGUGAUCGCCGCACUGCCAGGGACUCCCUGGAGUUCUUAAUAAGAUGGUUGGAUCGUUUCCCACGCUACAAGCAGAGAGAAGUCUAUCUCACCGGAGAGAGCUAUGCAGGCCAUUAUGUUCCUCAGCUGGCCAGAGAAAUUAUGACCUACAAUAAACAUUCGAACCACCCAAUAAAUCUUAAAGGAUUUAUGGUUGGCAAUGCAGUGACGGACAACUAUUAUGAUAAUCUAGGGACAGUGACAUAUUGGUGGAGCCAUGCCAUGAUUUCCGAUAAAACAUACCGGCAGCUCAUCAACACAUGUGAUUUCAGGCGACAGAAGGAGUCAGACGAAUGUGAGUCAUUGUAUAGUUAUGCCAUGGAUCAAGAAUUUGGUAACAUUGAUCAAUACAAUAUUUAUGCUCCCCCUUGCAACAAUUCUGAUGGUAGCGCCGCCACCCGCCAGACCAUGCGAUUGCCUCAUCGACCCCAUCCGAUUUUCCGGCGAUUUUCCGGCUAUGAUCCUUGUACAGAAAAGUAUGCUGAGAUUUACUACAAUAGGCCAGAUGUGCAGAAAGCACUCCAUGCCAACAUAACUAAAAUUCCUUAUAAAUGGACUGCUUGCAGUGAGGUUUUGAAUCGAAAUUGGAACGACACAGAAGCAUCCAUUCUUCCAAUUUACAGGGAAAUGAUAGCUAGUGGUUUGAGAAUCUGGGUAUUCAGUGGAGAUGUCGACUCUGUGGUUCCAGUUACAGCCACUAGAUAUUCCCUUGCACAGCUGAAAUUAGAAACCAAAAUUCCAUGGUACCCUUGGUAUGUUAAGAAGCAGGUGGGAGGGUGGACAGAGGUAUAUGAAGGGCUAACAUUUGCAACAGUGAGAGGAGCAGGCCAUGAAGUUCCACUUUUCAAGCCCAGAGUAGCCCUUGAGCUAUUCAAGGCAUUUCUCAGAGGGCUGCCUCUUUCAAAGUCUUGAAAGAAAAAAAAUUGUCUUUCCCAUUUGAGUAUGAACUGUUAUUGUUCUAGCUAGACAAAGAAAUGUCAUUCUUCAUUGUUAAGAAACAAGUAGAGAGAGAGAGAGAUCAGAGCGUUUGAUUUAUGUAAUAUAAAAGGCAAAUGUAAUGGAAGAUUUAAGGUUUUGUUUGUAA